GACGCUGUGCAGCUCACCUCCAUACUAACAGCUUCUCAAGCACAGCGGAUCCUGGACUGCUCCGCACCUUGCCCGAACCUUCCUUCCAAAACGAAGCAAACAUGUCCGCGUCGCCAAGCAAGCGCCGUGAAAUGGACGUGAUGAAGCUGAUGAUGUCGGAUUGGAAGGUGGAGCUGGUGGAAGACAACAUCAGCGAGUUCAACGUCGACUUCGCCGGCCCCAAAGACAGCCCUUAUGAGGGGGGACUCUGGAGGAUACACGUCGAGCUGCCGGAAGCCUAUCCCUACAAGUCGCCUUCCAUCGGAUUCGUGAACCGGUGCUACCACCCGAACAUUGACGAGGCGUCGGGGUCUGUGUGCCUGGACGUCAUCAACCAGACCUGGAGCCCGAUGUUCGACCUGGUGAACAUCUUCGAGGUGUUCCUGCCGCAGCUGCUGCUGUACCCCAACCCCACCGACCCGCUCAACAGCGAGGCGGCGGCGCUGCUGAUGCGCGAGCCGCAGCUGUACGCCAACAAAGUCAAGGACUAUGUGCAGCGCUAUGCACGGCCGGAGCAGCUGCUGGGGCACAACCCCGUGUCCGUCAACAACAAGAGCAGCGACGACGAGGAGGGGGACGGGGACCAGAAGAUGGGCGGCGACGGCGAGGAGAGCGAGGGGGCGUUCCUGUCUGACAGCGACGACGAGGCAUGAGGCGGCAGCAGAGGAGACGGCAGCAGCUGAGGAGCAGCAGCACCGGGAGCAGUGGCUGGCACCUUGAUGGGCAGGCACAGCUGGGCGCAGCGGCUCUGCUUGGCGCUUUGCCGGCGCUGGCUGCCGCUUACCAGUAGACAGCUCAUGGCGCGGCCAUGUGCUUCGGCAUGCGCGUUGCUUCUUGCUGCAUGGGAGGCGCCUGCUUGCCGGGUGGCGGGAGGCAUAGCUAAAGCACUGGACAAUGACGGGUGACGAGUUGUUUGUGUUGUUGUAUUGUGUGACCAGUGUGAGGCGAGGCGUGAAGGGGCCCUUGGUAGGCGCCGUGAAGUGUGGGUUGCCGGUUGCGGCGGUGUGCCCGCCUGUGCCUGUUGCCUAGAGGCUCUCAGGGCACUAAGCGCUGCCCCCUCAGGGGAGUCAGGGGGCGCAAACCAGGCUGAGCGAUUGCGCCGUGGGUUGCCGACGCACGCAGUUCCUGGCUGAAGUUUUGGUAGUGUCUGACGAGUGGACUGACGUGAGAUACGUAAGUACUGCAAGCGGUGGGCCACGCUCUUGUGCUGAGUAGGUAGCUGUAGGAAUAGCAAGGGGCAAGAGAAAGGAUUUUAGCUUGCGCUUUUUCUCACUCAUGAGGAAGCCGGCGUGUUGCCUAGCCUCACACAUUGACACAGUUUGUGCUGCCCCACGCCACAUGCCGCUGGCUCCGUCACUGUGUGUGCGUGUGCGUGUGCUUAUCUUGCAUUCCCUUUCAUGCAUGCCGAGAGCGACCAACAAGGAUUUUGCAGGGGGCGUCGAAUCGGGCGCUGCGGUCGUAGGCACUGCAGAGAUUGGCGAUGUGCUCGGUUGGUGUUGAUGUGCUGCAUAGGCGGUGCGCCGCGGCGCCCCGCCCUCAACGAGUUCUCGUUACCUGUUGUACACUACAUAUCUAAUGAAUGGUUUUGUCUUCUAUCUGUGUGGCUGUAUGCCCCCCGUGCGCAAGCUGGCUGUGCACGUGAAGGGCGUCGCAGAUGGUGCAGCUGGUGCGGUAGAUGCGCCAGGCGGACGUCGAGGCCCUAGGACAUGAGCAGGAGGCUGCAGGACGCGUUAUGCAGGCAGCCCCGUUGGGCAGAUGGCUGAGUCAAUUUGUGUGACAACGUGGCCAGGCUGGCCUGGCUGCCAAUAGGUGCACGGGGCGGCAACGUGCGCAGGCACGUGAAACUGUGUCGCGACUCCGUGUUUCAAUUCUGUGGUUCUACGUGGUUUCCAAGUGUAUCGGACUGGCUGUGCGGAGCUUGGUGGAGGCUGGGACGGAGCAUUGUGCAGCUCACCGUCGCGUUAGCCGGGAAGGGGGAGGUCUGAGUGAGGCUGGAGGUGGGCACAGCGAUACCUCGCAGGGGCGAGGCUUCGGACGGCCGCAAGGGCGCGCUGCCGCAGCCGUGACGGGUGCUUCCCAUGAGUGCGUGCAUUGGGCAACUGAAGCGGACAUCCUCUGUAACAACACUGUAACACUACUGUACG